AUGACGAAAACAGAGGAUGAUGAAGAUGUUCUUUUUGCUACUGCGAAAAGGGCCAGACAUGUGUACGGAGAGGGUCCAAAGAAGACUAGCUCUUCAAAAGUCGCCAAUGAUGCAUUCACGUUGGACCGAUUUCUAAAGGUCAGACCGAGUCCAGCGAAGACCAAAAAUAGUCUUAAUGCAGAGUUAGGCUUUGAUAUAGAUACGGCAUUUAAGAAAAGUACAAAGCCUCACUACGUGAAAGAGUUAGGUAACAUAGUUAUAGCGCAGCAGAAGAUUGAGAGGGCCAUGAAGAAGCAGGAGAAAGAGACAGAGAACGAACAGCAGAAGGAGCAGGAGUUGGAUGUACUUCUUAAGGAUCAAUUGGCUGACGGUUUCGUGGGAAGCUCGUCCAAUAUAUUGUUUCUGAAGAGACUCAAAGAGCUAUUGAGUGAUGAGAAUAAUAAAGAGGAACUCUAUGACUUUUAUUUCUUCAAGGAUAGGGGGAAAUGGGGUCAAGCCACUGCUCGGAGAAGCUACCAUCUUACCAGAAGUCAAGUGAUGAAUGGAUUACCGGAUGAAACUACCCACUGGAAAAAUGUAUUGGCCUGCCUGGCCGAGGAAACCAACGUGGAUGUUGUCAACAGCUAUGAUUUGAAAGGUAUUAAGAACAAACUCGAUCUUCCUACGUUUCAAAAGUUUAUGCUGGACAUCGGAUGUGAUGACGAGCUCAUAAAUGCUCCUAUUGGACUGAAUAUCGAUGAACUGAGACUUAAGUUGGACAACAAAGAACAACUACCAUCAAUGAUACUGCUUGCAUUGAAGGUCUACAAAGUGACUUCGGCAUUGGAUUGUAAAGAUGACGAGGUACUUAUGAAGCAUAUGGUUCGAUAUCUUUCCUACGCAUGUGUUGAUAUUCGAAUAAAUCAGCGUUGUGUAGGAGAAUCUGCUAUAAUUGAUGGAGAAAGAAGCACAGCACUUCAGUUGCUCUUGAAAGCGAUAAUGAAACUAGUGAAAAAGGAUAACAGCAAGUUAAUUGAACUGGUGGAGGAGAAUUUGGACAAGUUUCCUGCUCUUUGGUUCCGUUUUAUAGACAAUCUUCAGGCACCUACAAGUUGGAAACUCUCAAAAGUAUUCAAAAUGACUCUUUUCCAAAUGCAAUCAAUGCUGGAGUUUAUAUACAAGACCAAUUUCAAUGAUGUAGCCUUGAGAAAGGCCAAGGAAUUAUGGUCACCGUUACAAAUGAGCGAGUUGGCAAGCGACAAACGUCUGUGUCACAAGUUUGUGGAACUGGUUGGUACUUUCAAGAAUGCCUGCCUCAACGGAACUACACUUAAGGAGAACAGAUACGAUCCGGGUACAAAAGUGGAUACAGGGAACUACAUGACGAACAAAAAUGCAUAUGAAACAGCUAAAUUAAGAGUUGUAUGCUUGGAAAGACUCUCCCUCCUGUAUAUAAUACAUCUUGAAAAACAUCCGCAUAGACGGAAAGAUGCCAAGAAGAUUGCCAGGAUUCGACGGCAGGUCAUGGAAAUAAAGCGGUUCUAUUUCCACCAUUUUGAGGCUAUAGUAUGUCCUCCAGUGACGGAUAGUCAUGGCGUGCUAUCAUUUGUGGUGGGCAGGUUGGAUUGA